GCAGUUCUAACGAGCAUUUCAACGGGAGCAGUUGUUAUAAAAAGAACACUUAAUAAUAAAAUAAAAAUAGAGAAAAGAAAAUUAAUAAAUCAAACUUUUUAAGGACUUCAUUUGAAAGUGCUUAGAACCUGGUGAGGAUAGCAUUAUGGCAGCUGCAGCUGUAGAAGCACCACCGGUGAAUAUCGCAGAAAUCACUGGUGAUGCCAACAUAACAAAUUUUAUGAAAAAUCGUUUACGUAAAGGCGCUCUGAAGCGCAAAGGAAUCAGAUUUGUUAAGGAUCAUAAAUUUGCCGUGCGUUUCUUCAAGCAACCAACUUAUUGUGGACACUGCAAGGACUUCAUCUGGGGCUUUGGCAAACAAGGUUACCAGUGUGAAGAAUGUCGCUUCAAUAUUCAUCAGAAAUGCUGCGACCACGUGGUGUUCCGUUGUCCUGGCGGUGAAACAGAUUUCGAUGCCGAUUGCGCAAAAGUCAAGCAUGCUUGGGUUUCCACAACCUAUUCCACUGCAACAUUCUGUGACGAUUGUGGAUUAUUGCUGCAUGGCAUUGCCCACCAGGGUAUGAAAUGCGAUAACUGCAAUCUCAAUGUUCAUGCUACAUGCAAGGAUAAAGUGCCUCCAAUGUGCGGUGCUGACAUAAGUGAAAUUCGUGGCAAAUUGUUGUUAUUUGUGGAGCUAAAAGGAACUCAACUUAAAGUUGAUAUUAAAGAGGCGGCUAAUCUACUACCAAUGGAUACUAAUGGGUUCAGUGACCCAUAUGUUGCUGUGGUAUUGUAUCCUGAUCGCAGUGGCAAAACUAAAAAGAAGACCAAAACAAUUCAAAAAAAUUUGAAUCCAGUUUUUAAUGAAGUCAUCACUUUUGAUUUAACUCCCCAAGAUCGAGAUAAACGUCUUUUGAUUGAAGUCUGGGAUUGGGAUCGUACCUCUCGCAAUGAUUUCAUGGGUUCAUUUUCAUUCAGCAUGGACGAAAUAAAGAAGGGUCCAAUUGAUGGUUGGUAUAAGUUUUUAUCGGCAGUCGAAGGAGAACACUACAACAUACCUUGCAGUGACCCUAUAAAUGAUAUCAAUCAAUUAAGAGAUGAAGUUCGACGUGAAACUAAGUCGAUGUCUCGUAGACGUCGCAUGGAUAGUAAGAAUGUACCUCAUAAUAUGAGCAAACGUGAUAUGAUACGUGCGGCCGACUUUAAUUUCAUCAAAGUUCUCGGCAAGGGUUCAUUCGGCAAAGUACUUUUAGGCGAACGUCGUGGAACUGAUGAACUGUACGCUAUAAAGGUUCUACGUAAAGACGUCAUAUUGCAAACAGAUGAUAUGGAUUUGCCAAUGACAGAGAAACAAGUAUUGGCCUUAUCGGGAAGAUCACCAUUUUUGGUAUCUCUACAUUCUUGCUUUCAAACUAUGGAUAGAUUAUUUUUCGUCAUGGAGUAUUGUAAGGGUGGGGAUCUUCUAUUUUAUAUGCAACAAUAUGGACGUUUCAAAGAAUCAGUUGCUAUUUUUUAUGCUGUGGAAAUCGCUUUGGCACUUUUCUUUUUGCAUGAAAAUCAAAUAAUCUAUCGAGAUUUGAAAUUAGAAAAUGUUCUUGUAGAGAUGGAUGGUCACAUUAAGUUAGCAGAUUUUGGUUUAAGCAAAGACGCUAUCGAUGAGAGAGAAACUACAAGAACUUUCUGUGGUACUCCACUUUAUAUGGCACCAGAAGUUAUAAGUUAUGAACCAUAUAACAACACUGUGGAUUGGUGGUCUUAUGGUGUUUUAUUAUACGAAAUGCUCUCUGGCCAAUCUCCAUUUGAUGGUGAUGAUGAUACUAUUAUUUUCAAGAACAUUAAAGAGAAAAAAGCGAUCUUCCCGAAACACUUCUCGCAAGAAGCAAUGGAUAUUAUUACGAGUUUCUUAGCUAAAAAGUCUAACAAUCGUUUGGGAGGCGGACGAUAUGCCCGCUCCGAAAUAGAAACUCAUCCGUUCUUUGCUCCAAUUGAUUGGGAACAAGCAGCGAAUAAGGACAUGGAACCACCAAUAAUACCUAUAGUUAAACAUCGUAAGGAUUUGCGUCAUUUUGAUAAAUCUUUCACCGUUGAAAAGCCUGAACUAACACCAACCGAUAAAUUAUUUAUGAUGAAUUUGGAUCAAAAUGAUUUUAUUGGAUUUUCGUAUAUGAAUCCUGAAUUUAUAACAAUCAUUUAAAAAUAACUUAGAAACUCGAAAUUGUACUAGAUUUAUCGUUAAUCGAAUUUAAAUAAAUAAAUUUAAUCAAUAAUAAAUUAAC